UAUGGCUCAUGAAUACCAAUCUUCUCUCAAGAUGCUUAGAGAAAGUCCAGCUUUUAGCUCUUGGCAUUUGAAGCCUUCAAACCUUGAGAUGUUCGCUAUUUCUGGACAGUGAGCACACGGACAACUUGUCGGCUUCCCCGGCCACGAAGGUGGUGAAACAUGGGCAGCGCCCCGAGGAGAUGGUGGCGCGGAGAGGAAGCUAACUGCGGCGCAGCAGAGAGCAGAAUGGGGGGCGGCGCCGUCGGCGCGAUACAGUCGUCGACGAAAGGAGUCGUCUUCUUCUUCCUCGUGCUUCUUGUCCUCGUGGCGGUCAUCUCCCGGAGAUGGAUGGAUGACUCGACCUUCUCCAUGAUAAGCUCAUGGCGUGAGCAAGUUCCCAGGUUACAACACUCCCAUCAGCCGCAGCCGAAGCCUGUCACCUUGACCUGCCCAAACCACACAACCACGCCCUCGCAUUACUGCCGAAGGACGAUAACUCCGUCUCCCUCUUCCUCUCCGUCGGCCCCCGCCACCUCCGGAACCGAGCCACCUCCUUCCUGCCCGGACUACUUCCGGUGGAUUCACGAGGACCUCCGCCCGUGGAACUCGACGGGAAUCACGAGAAAGAUGGUGGAGAGUGCCCGGCAGUUUGCAGCCUUCCGGCUGCUGGUGAUCGGCGGCCGAGUCUACGUGGACCAGUACCACCGGGUGUUCCAGACGCGAGAUCUCUUCACGCUGUGGGGCUUCGUGCAGCUCGCGAACCGCUACCCCGGUCGCCUCCCCGACCUCGACCUCAUGUUCAACUGCGAGGACAUGCCGACCGUCAGGGCCGACGACUACAACACGUCGCACCCGCCGCCGCCACUCUUCCGCUACUGCAAGGAUGACUCCACGGUGGACAUCGUCUUCCCCGACUGGUCCUUCUGGGGCUGGCCUGAGAUCAACGUAAAGCCAUGGGAGGUGCUACGGGAGGAGAUGAAAGAAGCGAAUGACAGGAUGGCGUGGGAGAAAAGGAAGCCAUAUGCAUUCUGGAAAGGCAAUCCGACGGUGUCCGGCCAUCGGAAGGAUCUGAUGAGAUGUAACUCCUCCAAUGGACAUGACUGGAACGCUCGAGUUUAUGCACAGGACUGGGUAAAAGAGAUCGAGAACGGGUUCAAGGAUUCGAACCUGGCUGAGCAAUGCAUCUAUAGGUACAAGAUCUUCGUUGAGGGGAGGGCGUGGUCGGUGAGCUCGAAGUACAUCCUGGCCUGCGACUCACCGGCGCUGUUCGUGACGACUCACUUCCACGACUUCAUGACGAGGGGGCUGAUGCCAGGACGCCAUUACUGGCCCAUAAGAGAAGACAACCAGUGCCGGUCGAUCAAGUUUGCAGUGGACUGGGGCAACAAACACCAAGAGAAGGUGCAAGCCAUGGGGAAGGAAGGGAGCAGCUUCAUCUUGGACGAAGUGAAGAUGGAGUUCGUGUACCAGUACAUGUUACACCUACUAACCGAGUACGCCAAGCUGUUGCGGUACGAGCCGACGUUACCGGAGAACGCCACCGAGCUCUGCUUGGAAUCCGUGGCUUGUGGCGAGGAAGGGCGUGUGAGGGAGUUCCUGAUGGAGGCAAUGGUGAAGUGGACCAGCGAUUCCGAGCCAUGCACGUUGCCUCCUCCCUACAGUGCGGGGGAGUUGGAGCAGCUUCGAUCAAGGAAGGCUGAUGCUAUAAAGCAGGUGGAGGAGUGGAAGCAAGAAGCUUGGGAGGAGGAGCACUAAGCCGUCUUGUAUAUAUCCCUUUGUUUACAAGAUAGUUACAGGGAAAAGAAGACAUUGCCUCAAUCUCCUUCAUGACAUAUAAAGAUAGUUAUAUGUCAAUUUUCUAUGAAGAAUUGCCAUGGAAUUGUGUGCAUAUUAUAUUGAGAUCACAACCCAGUUGGUCUUCAGAUCA